AUGUGGCGACGUACCUAUCUGUUUCUGCUGCUGCUCCGUGUUUACUUCGCGCUGUCGCCCAGCUACCUGCACCCCGAUGAGAAUUUCCAAGGCCCGGAGGUCUUCGCCGGCCGCAUAUUCUCCUAUCCCUCGAGCCUACCAUGGGAAUUUACCUCCGACCGACCCAUCCGAAGCGUGUUCCCAUUAUGGCCAACCUACGAGGUGCCGAUGAGCAUACUGAAAUGGUUCUACACGGAGAUCGGGUCGGGCAACCCACCGCCACAACUGGUGUACUACGUUCUGCGCGGGGGGAUGUUUCUGCUGAGCUUUGUGCUAGAGGACUGGGCCGUGUAUGAGCUGGUGCCGUCACCCCGCCACCGUCGUGCGACAGUGGUCCUGGUCGCCUCGUCGUAUGUCACCUGGACAUAUCAGACGCACACUUUCUCCAACUCCCUCGAGACGCUGUUGGUGGCCUGGGGGCUAGUUCUGAUUCGCCGCAUUGCUGAGAACAAGAAACGAUCGUCGUUCUUUUCCUAUGCUGUGCUCUCAUUCAUCGCUGUUGCUGGAGUCUUUAAUCGCAUUACCUUCCCGGCAUUUUUACUCUUCCCGGGUUUGCAAUUAGUGCCCUACUUCCAGCGCAAACCGACAUCCAUUCUCGCCUUGGUCGGCUUCGGCGCCCUGUUCGCUUCAAUAGCGAUAUACACCGACACGGCCUUCUACAGACCCUCCACCUCCUUCAUCGAGAACAUACGCAACCCAAUCAUUACUCCUCUAAACAACAUCCUCUACAACACCGACGCAUCCAACCUCGCAAUUCAUGGCCUCCACCCCCACCACCAACACUUCCUAGCAAACCUCUUCCAACUCCUCGGCCCAGCCUAUAUCGCCAUGAUAUUCUCCCUCUUCAGCUGGCCCAUCGUGCCAACCUGGAUGCGCAACGCGCGUGCCCUCUCCGCCGUCUCCGCAACAGCCAUCCUCUCCAUCUUCCCCCACCAAGAACCCCGCUUCCUCAUCCCCUGCGUCCCCCUUCUCCUAAGCUGCAUGCGCAUGCAUCGCUCGCGUCUCUUCCUAGCAACAUGGAUCCUCUUCAACGCAGCCAUGGGCUUCCUAAUGGGAAUAUACCACCAAGGUGGGAUCGUUCCAGCCCAACUCGCAAUGCGCGGCAUCGUCGAGUCCAACACCUUAUCCCAAGGUGUAAAUUCAAUGCCCGAGGCCUCUGUCUUCUGGUGGAAAACAUACUCUCCACCGCAUUGGCUUCUCGGCGCAGAUACCAAUGCCACUCACAUCGACACCUUCGAUCUAAUGGGUAUGCCAGGUCUUGAAAUGAUCACCGCUCUUGACAAGGCUGUUCCCCGCUGCGCUACAACUUCUCCAGUAUACCUCGUCGCACCGACAUCAGCUUCAUUCCUGGAUGAUUACAUAUCCCCCUCUUCCCUCUCGGAACCUCAUUCCCCGAAUCUCCAGCUCUACCGCCUGUGGACACAUCGCAAACAUCUAAACCUAGAUGACCUCGACUUUGGCGACGAUGGUGUUUUGAACACUUUAAAUCGUGUCGUAGGACGCCGUGGUCUAGGUGUGUGGUCUGUUCGACGAGCGUGU